UUCUUGCUAUAACCUUCCGCCGCGCCAUCUAGUCCUCCGGGAUCGCCCGCGUUUUGAGGAUUGCCGAGCCGCUGGUGGAUAAUGACCGUCAGAAUCGGUCGUUUCGUCGGCCACGGCUGCUGAGAGACUUCCCCUUGAAAAAUUUAAUGUCGAAAGAAGCCAACCAUCUCUCAAAGGCGUUUGAAAUCGGACACCGCUGGCGUUGAGGCCCUCACUUUGGUGCGGAGGGAUACGUUGUUGCGUCUGACAAUGUGGACGGAGGUGGUGAAGAUGUCUACGAGAAGAAUGAAAUCAUCUCAGUUGUAACAACAAAAACGGAAGACGUGAUAUUUGUCUGAGAAAUAGACGUGUUUGCACACGGACUCGCGGCUCUCGGGCACGUGGACGCUCCGCGAGGCGCAGGCUCCCCGGGACAAAAGGAAGACGUCCGCGAGCUCCAAUGCGUUUCAUGCACUGAGGUCGACAUUCUCUUGAAGUUUUAUGUUUUUCUCCCUGCGGGGCUCUGCGUUUCUUUUUACGGUUGGAUAUCGGACCCUCGGAGCAGAGAGGGUUGGUUAGAGGCGGAAGGGUAUGAGCGAGCAGCAGAGAAUGGCUGCAGUGGAAACUGACAAGGAACUCAGCGACCUCCUGGAUUUCAGCGCGAUGUUUGCGCCUCCAGUCGCCAACGGGAAGAACCGAACCAUGACUCUGGCCAGUACGCAUUUCGCUGGAUCAGAUGAACGCAGCGGAUCCGCGUCCUGGACCCCUGCCGAACAGAACAGCCCCUCCUUCAGCCAAGGACGGGCCUACGCAGAUGGAAGCCACUUCAGCGAACACGACGGCCUGUCCUCUCCCUUCAUCAGUUCAGGGAUUUCUGGUAAAGCCGACCGGCCGUAUCCUCACUUCGGAAGUCAGCCUAACUUCCUCCCCAGUGACAUAGCGAUGCCCAGCCCGGACGCCAUGUCCCCGUCUGGCGUGAAGUCCGCCUCUCAGUUUUACCCGUCCUACCCCAACAACCCCAGGAGGAGGCCGCCUGAAGGAGGUUUAGAAGCCCAGCCCAAGAAGAUCCGGAAACCCCCCGGCCUGCCGUCCUCGUUGAAGGCCAACCCCACGCACUGCAGAGCAAAAUGGAGGACCGUUUGGAAGAGGCCAUCCACGUCCUGCGCAGCCACGCCGUGGGCCAGAGCCCCGCCUUAGACGCCGCCCACAGCGACAUGCACGGCCUGCUGCCCCCCGUGCACAACGGGGGCCUGGGGGGCCUGUCUCCGGCUUUCCCCAACGCCAGCCUCGCGCUCAGCAACAGACAUCCGGCCAUGGGGGGCAAACACGAGGAACCCGCCGGACUUCCUCCCAGCAGCACUCUGCUGCACGGUCACCACGCGUCCGGACCCACGCAGCCCGUCAGCCAAUCAGAAGGCUUCGCCGGUCUCCCCGGGGGCUUGGCUCGCUCCUCGCUCUCGUCCAGCAGCUCCGACAUCAAACGAGAAGACAAGGAGGACGACGAGAACUCCUCUGUGGCCGACAAGUCCGAGGAGGAGAAGAAGGAUCCCAAAGCGGCUCGCAGUCGGACAAGAAAGGAGGCGUUGACCCUCCAGAUGUUCUCUGGACUGUCAGACCAGAAAGACGACCCGGACAACGAGGACGACGAGGACAUUCCCCCCGAGGUGAAGAUGGAGCGCGAGAGGGAGCGGCGAGUGGCCAACAACGCCCGGGAGCGCCUGCGGGUCCGGGACAUCAACGAGGCCUUCAAGGAGCUCGGGAGGAUGUGCCAGCUGCACCUCAGCCACGACAAGCCUCAGACCAAACUGCUCAUCCUGCACCAAGCCGUCAACGUCAUCCUGAACCUGGAGCAGCAAGUCAGAGAGCGCAACCUCAACCCCAAGGCUGCGUGUUUAAAACGGCGUGAGGAGGAGAAGGUGUCCGGGGUGGGGGCCGAGGCUCCCAUGCAGCUCUCAGGAGGCCACCCCAGCAUGGGCGGAGACGGCCACAACCCCGUCGGUCACAUGUAACAGCAGACCUGCUGGUUCCCGGCUGUCUAAGGAUGUGGCCUUAACAUGUUUCUUCCACCAUUACUCCGGUGUGUGUGUGUGUGUGUGUGUGUGUGUGCGCGCGUGCGUGCGCGUGCACGUGUCUGUAAAUGGUCCGUUCAUGUUGCUGAAUGCAGAUCCACACACUCAUACAUGUGCAUACUGCCAAAACUGACACAGCUGUCCGUCGCACUCCAACCAGACUGAGUGAAAAUGUGAAGAACUUUCCUUUUGUUUUUUACACGUCAGAUUUUCUUUCUGCUUUCCACGCGCUCAGACGGAUGGCGUGCGCUCGUCUUUGCCGUCCCGACGCGCCGGGGAACUACACACACUGCCAAGAGGUGCUCUGGUGGGGGGGCAGAGGAGACCUAACAACCACAAAUGGAAUAAUUGAGAAUUUGUGCCUAAUUGUUACAUAUUUUCUAACUGAAAUUGAAGCAAAUUGUUUUCCAUGCAGGACUGCUUAUGUGUAUGAGCAACUAUUUUAAUGUUUGUCAUUCCCAGCGUGAUGGUACAGUCUUACAUAUGUUAUGUAACCACAGCUGCAUGUGUUUGCUGGUUUGACUGCAGCUUCCGGGAUCCGCUCGGAUCCGGUCUGAGUUGAUCUCAUCCCGAACCUGGAGGUCUGCAGUCAGACUCCUGCCCUGAAAGUCAUGAAUUCUCCUGGAGGCGGGGCCAGAGAACUGCUCCGCCCCUUUCUUUUAGUACAAACCUAGCAUUAGUCCUGCAGCCGCCUGGUUCCGUGCAGGUUCCCCCGCUCCCCGUUCUGAGGCUAACGGAGCACAGCAGAGUCCAGAACCGAGUGUGGACCUGCAGCUCAAAGCCAUGGAAGAGGCCGGCGCCGCGCCGCCGCUCUCUCUGUAGAAAUGGUUGAGUGUGGCAGCAGCUGCACAGCGGGGGGGUGACGGAGGACGCCGCGCUGCAGACCAGCCUCUGAGCAAACCCAGGCGUUUCCUAAACGAGCAUUCCCACUGAAUUACAGCCCCUCAGCUUCUCCGGCGGGAGUCAGAAGCGUGACAUGUAAAUUCAACUCCUUCAUUAUUGUUUCAUUUUUCAAAAUUAAAUAUAUAUAAAAAUAUAUAUUUUUUGUUAGUCUAUACAUUGUAGAUUUUUUACAUAAAUGGCAAUAUUAGUUAGAGUGUAUUGUAGAUGAGCUGAAGGGGAAGUUUGACAGACAUUCAUGUUGAGCUGAACUGGGAUGGCAGAAGAAAAAUGAUCAAUAGAUGAUAAAGAAAAGUGUUUGUUAUAUCCUUUUUAUUCCACUUUUAGUUGUAAGACGCAUCAUCAGCGACCGGGAAUCGAACUCUUGUCUUUCCAUUGGUGGACGGCGUGGAGGCGCUCGCGGCGCCGCGAUCAGAGGGUUGUGUGUCCAACAGUAAUUAUUAUGCAACAGGUUCUUGAAUGUAGCUCUGAAAGAAGGACGGCGGUCACCUGGAGGUUGGCGUUGGGUGGGUCCGGCCGCGUGUGCAGCUCUCUGCCGGCCUCCUGCACACCAUGGACAAAACGGAGAACAAAACAGUGUUAUUGUGUUUAUUUCCCAUGUCAUGUUGUUGUUUUACCAACAUGGAAUCAGAAGUGGGAGCGAGAGCAUUUAGUGUGUUUUGGUUUCUACAAGAAGAUGAAGAAAACACCUAUACAAAUCAACAGUGUGGCCUUUUCAUUCUCAAGACUUAAGAUGUCAGGAUGGGAGAGUGAAGCUUUAUCAGUGCCUGAACUCGUAUGUUUCAGUUCUGAGCGUUUCUGUUGUGAACCAUAUCAUUUCAUUGUCAUGGAGAUUAAAGAGGUACUUGUUCAUUCCCCGACCCUCCUGCUCCUAAUGUUUUUUCAAUUUUCAGGAAGAAGUUUAAUGGUAUAAAGAGAUUUUCUUUCAGUGUAUCUAGUUAAUAAAUAAAUGUUAUCAUAGACCACGUU